AUGCUGCGCGGGCUGCUUAUUCUCGAUCUCGUCAAGCCUACCAAGAUCAGCUCAAUAGAGCUCGAGCUCUCUGCGAAGGCGUCCACGGCCUGGCCAGAAGGCGUAGGCGCCCGACGGGUCGAGGUAUCGGAGACGCACAAGGUUUUCUCAGCGACUACAGUCUACUUUCGCGCGUCUGCUGAUGGACCGCGCCGUGGAGUCUCCGUUGGACCAGGCAUCAAUCUGAACGACGACGAUCAUGAGCGCGACUUCGAAUGGCGGCGCGGGCGCCAAACUGCCCGCACCCGAUCCCCCUCCCCCGUCCGCGAGCGCGAGGCUGAAAAUGGCGCGGAGCUGCAGCCCACGUCCUCGCGUACGAGCUCCGACUCCUCGGACUACUACUCUGCCCCGAUCACCCGCGUCGCGCGCGGGCAGAGCCUUGACGCCGCCAACUUCAGCCGCCACCCGCACUCGCACCACCAGAGCGAGAUCGCGCCACCCUAUACGCCCCCGUAUACGCCAAAGUCUACCCGCUCGGGGGAUCUCAUGAUGAGCCCCACGGCUGCGGGCUCGCUUGGGCAGCUCCCCCAAAUCCAUGAGGACCCAUCGCGACCGGCCGAGGAUCCGACGCGCACCCUGGAAGACAUGCGCGCGGCGCUAAUGGCGGAGCUGGGCCCGGAGGCUGGCGUCCCUCGAAGCACUUCUGCGUUGAUGAACUCGUCUGGUUCUGCUUUGCAUACGCCAAAUUCGGGAUUGCCGACAACCUCGUCUGGUUCGAGUCUUCACUCCCUACGCGAUCACUCGAGCUCGCGUCACAUCCCGUCGAGCGACUACAUCGACAGCCCCAUGUCCCAUAGCCGCUCUCGCACCACGACGAUCGCCACCCCACCUCUCUCACCCGAGGACCGCAGCCCCAGUCGCGAAGAACGUGGGCGCAAUGGCCGCCGGCGUUCCAGCCGCUUCAGCCUCUCUACCAUGUCGACUGCACUUCUGGACGCGGUCCGGUCCAAGUCCCGUAGCACCCGCCGCCCGUCUCCUCCGCCAGACGUAACACCCAUCAGGCGAGGGCGAGCAAUGGAACGGGGUGCAUACGACCGGGAGGAAUCAGGGUCUGCUGUCCGUUCAAAAGAGCGCUCCAGGCUUGGGAAAGUCGGCGGCCUGUUUGGGCUCGAAAAGUCUGUCGUGCACGAAGAACAGUCACCGGGUCCGGCAGGGAACGCGGAGUGGAAAGAGUUCAGGCCAGGCACGUACACGUAUCCGAUCUCGUUCACCAUUCCUGGAGAUGCGCCGCCGACUCUGCGUUGCGACUACGGGUCCGUGAUAUGGCGGUUGAAGGCGAACGUGCAUCGGCCGGGAACGUUUACGUCCAAGCUAUCCGACCAACGCGAGGUGAUGAUGAUCCAUUGUCCCAUGGAAGAGGAUACGGAAGACACCGAGAAUAUCAUCGUCGAGCGGCAGUGGGAUCAGCAGCUGCAGUACCUCAUUACCAUCUCGGGCCGCAGCUUCUACAUCGGCGGCUCGAUACCUGUCUCGGUGACCCUCAUGCCGCUCAUGAAAGUCAAGAUGUACCGGUUCGCUGUAUUUUUGGAAGAAAAAGUAGAAUACUAUCAUCAACGACGGCUCUCGCGCACAGAUCCUAUCUCCCGCGUUCUCCUUCUCUCGGUCAAACACGAUGGCGAGAAACCCAUUCCUCUAAUCCCUAUCGACUCCGACGACCCGCAAGCCUUCCUCGAAUCGCCUAUGCGCGAGCUCACCGAGCCUGAUGAGGACCUCUCAGAGUUCGCCUCCAACCUCAUGGGCCCCGGACCGUGGUCCUUCCACAAGGACGUCCCGAUGCCCAAGUCGUGCAAUGUACUCCGCUUCUCGAAUAAGAACAAGUCGAGCAAUAUUCACAUCACUCAUACCCUCAAGGUGCUCGUGCGCGUCGAGCGGGGGGACGACCUGCAUAUCGACCCGAAGACGGGUAAGCGGAAACUCUUCGAUAUCGUGGUGCAGAGCCCGGUGCAGGUGUUGUCGUGCCGUUGCAACCCUGAAUGGACUGCCUUACCACGAUACUCGGAGACCUUCCAGGGCGCUCUCGAGGAUACGAACAUGGACGAUUGCCCCUGCGCCGAGCACGAGCGCCAGCAGCACGCCCCAAAGCUCGUCCUCGAGCGCACCGCGACCAAGGCUUCCUCCGACUCGUCCCUUUCGACCGUCUCCGCCAUCGACAGCACGCCCAUCAACCCCGCGUCGAUGCCGUCGCUGCGGUCUCGCGAGAUGGAUGCGCUCAUGGAGCGCAACGUGCGCUUCGAGCGCUUGGUGUCAGGCAUGGAGACGGAGGCGGGCGAUGCGCCGCCAGCGUACGGAGAGGCUGUUUAG